AGAAGGAGUGGUACUGGCAGUGUCGGUGACGGCCGUCAGGUUAAAAGCUUGUGAUGAACACCAGCAUCAAACUUGGACUCCAAGCUGGGGCUUAAGAUUGAGGCGUGGUCAGAGGGCAUCGGUGCUUGUGGGGCGUGAUUGUAUGCUCCGUGUGCAUGACAGUUGCGGUUUUCUUGAUCUUCAGACCGUGCCUCAGCUGUACCUUGAUAAGCGUUCACAAUGCGACACGGGCGUAGCACGGAUCGCUUUCCGGUCCGCCCCGGCCUGAUCAGCAAGCACGGCCGUUUGCGCGUGCGAGAACGCCGCACCGGCCUCAAAACUUGGCGCAACAACCUGCGGGAUCUCUUCAACUGGCUUCUCUCCCGGUCUACGCUGUUCCUGCUACUUCUCUUUGUGAGUGCCUACGUCCUUUCGUACCUUCUUUUUGGCUGCUUUUGGUAUGCCAUCCACAAGAACAACGCGCGCUGCAUCAACGACGUGGAGGGCUUUGCCACCGCCUUUCUCUUCUCCAUCGAGACCCAGUCAACGAUUGGCUACGGUACCAAGCAUGUUGCCGGCCACUGCAAUGGUGGCAUCAUCAUGCUUCUCAUUCAAAACAUCUGGGGCAAUCUCCUCGAUGCUUGCCUGGUGGGGCUUAUCUUUGCUCGUCUCACCCGCCCCAACAAGCGCCGCUUCACCCUCCGGUGCAGCUCAGUAGCUGUAAUUCGCUACGUUAAUGAUCAGCGUUGUCUAUCGAUUCGUGUGGGCGACAUGCUACAGCAACACUCCCCUCUUAUUGGCUGUUCUUGCCGCCUCUACCUGGUGGAAGACGUGACUACCGUCGAGGGCGAGCUACUGCCGUAUAACACCGUCGCGCUGACGCUCGAUCACGGGGCAGGCUCUUCGUCCGAGCAACCGUUCUUGGCCAUCCCUCAAGAGGUGCGGCAUAUCAUCGAUGAAAAUAGUCCUCUCAACAACGUGGCCUGUCAGAAUGACCUCGAGGAGCGGCGAGCCGAGCUGAUCUUCGUGCUGGAGGGCACCAUCUCGGUGCGUCCACCGGCCCGCCUUCUGCCUGUGCUGGAUGUUUCGCACCGUUUGCUUGCAUAA